AUGACUGUGAUGAGACUUCAAGCUGUCAGAGCACGGUAUUCGAUGGCUGCUGGCAAUGACGAGUUCACUCUGAUCAACUUCACUGCAAUCACAUAUCUUGGCAAUGAACCUGGCCAUAAUCAGGAUAAUAACGAAGUUCAUUUCUACUUAACUCUUCAAAGAAGAUCAAUCUAUUUCAUCAUAGUUGUGAUUAUUCCAACAACUCUUGUCUCUUGUGUAACUGUGACAAGCAUUCUGUCACCAACUUCGAAGAGUCACAAUAUUGAUCCUGUUGGU